AAUUUUGACAUGUUGAUUUUCCAAUUCCUUCUUCUCCGAUCUACGGGAAACUUCCGGAAGAGCAAUUAUUAAUUGCAUCCCGCUGUCCAUUCCCCUGCAGCCUUUGUUGACGAUUCUCUGGUGCAUGCUUUCAGAUAGAUUGGGACCAAUCUUUUGCUGCUUCUUGAAUUCAAAUGGAGUCUGGAGCCCUAGUGUCGUCAGAGAAAGAAGAAGGGCAGCAAGGAGCCUCCUAUACGUAUUGGGUAAGGAAAAUAACGGAAGAUGCUGCGCCUGCGCCUGUGCCUCGUAAGCUAACUCCAGAAGAUGUUCCCCCUUGUCAAUCUCAGUCUGCCACGCUUGGUUCAGCUUGGAAUCGCGCUGGGACAUGGGAAGAGAAAAGUCUAAACAAUUGGGCAACUCCAAGAAUUAAGGAGUUGCUUAUCUCAUUAGGCUCCAUACAGUUCUCCUUUGGCAGAGCAGAAGUAGAAGAUGUUACAAAAUGUGUUGGCGAUGCAUUCAUGGUGAUAGUUCGGAACAAGAAACGUGUUGGUUACACAUAUGAGUUGACCUUAAAAGUCAAAGGGGAAUGGACCAUACAAGGAGAGAAGAAGUUCAUUGAGGGUCAUAUAGAUGUUCCAGAGUUCUCAUUUGGCGAACUAGAUGAUUUGCAGAUUCAGAAGUUGCAAUAGUGAUUGGAAUAGCUAAAACAUCCUUUGCAAUUACUUGAAGUGUUGGAUACUUCAACCCAUUUGUUUUCCUGCAUAAUAAAAUAUGAAAAUUUGAUGUAAUAGGUAAAUUAUCUUCCUCCAAGUGAUGAUCUAACCCUGUUUUCAUAGAUGAAGUUCUAGCUUUCUUCUUUUUGGCCAUGAACUUGACAAAAUCACUCAUGUCAUUAUCACCAAUCUUUCCCUCCUUAAAUGAUGAAAAUCCAGAAGAAGACCCUUCUUUCUUUUUUGCUUGAUAUUCAUAAACCAAAUCAUAACACAAUUGACGAAUUCUACUAAUUUCCAUAUCACAAUCAAUAUCCAUACAAUUUAUCAAAAUAAUAUUCAAGCAAAUCCAUUUUUGUACCUUGGAUCUAAAAUAAAAGCUGCUCCCAUGAUAUUAUGAAUGGCACUCCAAUAAUUUUCAAGUUUCUUUAACACUUGUUCUGCCAUAUUGUGAUUGGUUUGAUUUUGGAGACUUUAACCGUUUAUCUGUUGCAAGCUUAAUCUCAUGAAUUUUCUGGAAAAGAAUGUUGGCAAUUGGGUAUUUGGAUCCAAAAAUUAUUUCUGUGAUAUCAUUAAACAAGUUCAAUCUCCGAAAAACAUCUUUUGCAAACUCCCAUUGUAAUUCAGUUGGCAAACAAGUGUAUAUAGAUUCACACUACUUUAACCAAAAAAACACAUCUUUAUAAGUUAAAGCAAUAUUUAGCAUCUUAAAAGUAGAAUUCCAUCUUGUUGGACAAUUUAAAGUUAAUUUUUGGUUAAAAGGAAUUCACAAUUGUUUAGCAGUUUCCUCAAAUUUUUUCACCCUCUUAGAUGUUGUCCAAUAAUCUACACUUACCCAAAUUUUUUCCAACUCUUCUUUCACAAUCAAAUUGAGGAUAUGUGCACAACAAUGCAUAUGAAGCCAAGAUCCAUUAUAAACGAGUCUAUCUAACUGCAAAUUAUACUUAAUUUUCUCAAUCAUGCUAUCAUUUGUGUUACAAUUGUCCAAAGUAGUGGUGGAUAAUUUUGUAUCAAUAUUCCAGUCCAACAAACAAUCAAUCAAUGCAUUGUAAAGUCUAUUAGCUGUGUGAGGUGCAGGAACAUAAAUGAACCUAUACAUUUAAUCAUAUUGUCAUAUAAAAAGAUAAAAAUCUAUAAAGCCCGGAUACUCCAAAAAUGGGAAAGUAUUAGUGUCGUACUCAUAUCAAACAUUGACAUGGCUUGGAUAUGCCAAGAUUUGUAUCUAAGGAUUAUCCGAUUAUUUUUUAUUUUUCUUUUUUAAAAAAUUAUUGGAUACAACUCUGGUACAAUUCACAAUGGCUGGAUAUGACUUUAUAACAUGUGAUACGGCUUGGAUACGGUGUUUUAACCCAAAUGUUCAUUUUAUUAAUAUUUUAAAUUUUUAUUUAGUUUUAAAAUUUUGAAACAGAAAAAACCUUUUAAAAGUUAGUAUACGUGCUCUACAAAGACACAU